UAUUUCAAUAUAUCGAUAUAGUAUCAACAAUCCUAACAACAACAACAGCUCCUGAAUUAGAUAUUAUUAUUAAGGAAAUAUGAGGCUAAGGCUCUUGCUGGCUGUGUUCGUCUGCUUUGCUGAUGCAUACAGGCCGGUUGUGAUACUCCACGGAAUCCUGUCGGGCGCGGAUUCAAUGGACUUUUUGGUGCGGGAAAUCGAAGAGCUCCAUCGGGGCACAAUCGUCUACAACUGCGACAAAUUCAGCGGGUGGUACAGCCUGGAGAAUGCCUGGCGGCAGGUCGAGCAGAUUCGGGAUUAUUUGAGCGAUGUUGGUAAAAAGCACCCGGAAGGAAUCAAUGUGUUGGGCUACUCCCAGGGCGGACUCUUGGCCCGUGCGGCCAUCCAAAGUCUGCCCGAUCACAAUGUAAAGACCUUCAUUUCCCUAUCUUCGCCUCAAGCGGGUCAAUACGGAACCAGCUUCCUGCAUCUGAUAUUUCCGGAUCUGGCGGCGAAGACCGCUUUUGAGCUAUUCUACACAACGGUAGGGCAGCACACAUCGGUGGGCGGGUACUGGAACGACCCGCAUAAACAGUCACUGUAUUUGAAAUACAGCGAAUUCCUGCCGCUGAUCAACAAUGAGAAGCAGUCCUCCAACUCCACCUCCUUCAAAAUGGGCAUGGUGCGUCUCAGCAAGCUGGUCAUGGUCGGCGGCCCCAACGACGAUGUGAUAACGCCCUGGCAAUCCAGCCACUUUGCCUACUACGACGAGGACUUGGACGUGAUUCCGUUCAACAAGCGGAAGCUCUUCACUGACGACUUGAUCGGCACUAGGACGCUCCAAGAGGCCGGGAAACUUAUCAUCAUAGUCAAACCCCAUGUCCAUCAUUUGGCAUGGCACACCAACAGAGCCGUAAUACAUCAAGUUAUCUUGCCAUACCUGGACUGAUCGAUCUGAUGAGAACUACCUGGACUAAAGCGAAGACCAAAGGGCUGUGAUCGGAAUGGCGGGCGCACUCAUUCAUCAACAAGCAAUAAUGUGAAAUUGCCAUUACACUCUGGCAUACAGGGCACACAAUGAUCUUUCAUAGACAAUUUAGCAUUAGGUGAUUUACAAAGAUUUACAUUAAUCCAAACGCGGAAGAUUUA